AACAAAAGCGGCUAAAAUAUUGUAGCAAGCAAUAUAUUUAAUUUAUUUAGAACGAUUUACGAAAGAUAUAGCUAAUUUAGUAUUUAUUUUCAUAGAUUUUGCUAAAAUGAAUUAGGUUGUUUAAUUAGAAUAAACUAUGAAGACAUUUUUAAGAGACUUUUAGAAUGCAUUUAAUCUAGUUCAAAACCCUCCCUAAGAUUUAGAUAUGAAUUAUGUUGAAAAUUAAGCACGCUUUCUUUCAUAAUUAGCAUAAGAAAUGCAAAAUGAUAUUAACAAUCUUAAGCAAAUUGAUACAUACACAGAAGAAGAGAUAGAAUAAAAAACUGAAAAAUUAUAGCAAGAAAGAAAAAUUGCUUUAUAGCACUACUUAAGCUCUAAGGAUGAAGCAGAUAAAUUAAAUGAAAACUUGAAAGCAAAUAUAGAUAACUUAGCUAAUAAAUUAUACAGUCUAAAUGAAUGAGUCACUAAAAAUAAUCACUUUUUAAUUCUAGUUAUUAAUCCUUUAAAAAUAUUUAUUUUUUAGAAUGUUGAGUAUAGAGUAUUAUUAAAAAUUAUAUACAUUUCGCUUUUUAAAAAUAAAUGAAUUAGCUUUUUUAAAGUAUUGCUUACUGAAGAUUGCACUAAAAAUAUUUACUAAACUUAAUGAAGAAAUAUUUGCUUAUUUUAAAUAAUACAAAUCAAUUUAAUUUUUAUCUUUAAAAGCAUCUAAUAAAUAAUAUGAACAAGCU